CUGCCUGCCUCUCCACAGCGAGCGAGCGAGCGAGAGAGAGACCUAAACGAGUGAUUGGAGGUUCAUCCAAGCGCUCAGGACGCACAGACGGAGUUGCACAAUCAGCGCUCCAAAGGGACUCCAAAAAGCAGAAAGCCCUCAGCGCUCCUUCAGUUCUGCCAUCCAACAGUCACUGCAAGUGGAUAUUAUUUGCACCUCGAAAGAUUUGUGUUGAUUUGUUUUUGUGCGUGUGUGUGUGUGUUUACUCGUAGAGACCGUUUGGAGAGCUCGGCUUUUUGAGGAGCUUGUUUUUUUUUUUUUUAAACCCAUCUUUUUCCACUUGAGAAGACAUGCAUCGGUGCACAGCGGUGCUACUUUUGUUAGUGGUGGCCUUAUACUUCCUGAGCUCAGAAGCCUACAAGUGCAGGUGCACCAGAAAAGGACCGAAGAUCAGAUACAAGGAUGUACAGAAGCUGGAGAUCAAACCCAAACACCCGUACUGCCAAGAGAAGAUGAUAUUCGUGACGAUGGAGAAUGUGGCUCGGUUCAAAGGGCAGGAGUAUUGUCUUCAUCCCAAACUUCAGAGCACCAAGAAUCUGGUCAAAUGGUUCCGCAUCUGGAAGGACAAGCACAGGGUGUAUGAAGCCUAAAACCUCGGCUACCCAGCACACAUGGAUCAAGUGAGACAAAAAAAAGAAGAGACAACAAUACCACAAGAACUGUUUUUACGAAGUGCAAGAUGUAAUCUACAAUCAAACUGUACUUCUCCCUCUUCUGCCUAAGAUCUGUCAAGCACAUUAAGAGAUAUCUUUUGUUCGUUUAUAAGCUGGUGGGCUUGUUUUAGUCGGCCAUCAAUCUAGUUACAGUCACUCACUGCUCCAGUCUUUACAACUGUAGUUACACUUGUCAAAUAGUGGAUGAGAUCUGUGUUCAAACAGUUGUAGGUUUGUUCAGUUAUUACUUAAAGGGACUUCUCUUUUGCUUUGGCGUUUAGGCUUCUUUCAAAGUGGAGAAUAUGUAAGAAAGUUUAAUUCUGAAGAAACAGGCAAACCUUCCUUUGAAAAAUACAGUGUGGGUGUUUCAAUUGUUAAGAUUUUCACUACUCUGUAUUCAAUAUGACAGGUAGGACAUUAGUACAAUGUCAACAUUUAGGAUCCAGUCACCUGUGUUUAAGACGUUGUAGUCGAAAUGCAGCGAUAAAGGUUCUUAACGAAAUCUGAUUCUCUGUAUUUGUAGAGCAGAGGCAGUCAGUGUGCGGUUACAUAUAAUACAGAAGUUGCUAUUGUUCAGUCAGAUACAGGAGAUCUACCACUGUGUGUGUGGGUGUGUGUGGGGGUGUGUGCGUGUUUACCAUGUCCAUGCUAGUCAUAUGUGUCAAUAAUUAACUGUCAGGGUGUAGUUUCAAUAGAUAUUAAGGAAAACAGAUAGUUAGUUUGUGCCAUUGCUACAUACAGUACAUUACAGUCUGUGGAUUGGAGUUCAUUAAAAAACUUGAUUAUUAAACACACUAAGAAAGAAAAGACUGUCUGCAGUUUACAUCAACGAAGGACUGUCUGUUAUAUAUUUUCACUGGUUGAAAGAUUUUUUAAAUUCCACCUCUUGAAAUAAAUGUGUAAUGAAGCAAUAUCUCAUACAAACUGCCAACAUAACCACUUAAUUAAGCUACGUAUGAUAGCAACCUUAAAGGAUAAGACUGGUGAUAGUCUAGUUUUUCGUCAAUGUUAACCAAUAUCUCAUGAAAAUAUCCAAAUCAACAAUGUGCUACUCUGUCUCUCAGUACUUCCCAGUCUGUAAACCUGUCUGUGGCACUCGGCCCCAAGUCCAUUCAUUCCUACUGUAGACAUAAAUCUUUAAAAACAGGUCAGGAAUAAAUAUUUUCAUUUUUCUAAAAAAAGGCUAAAUAACUUCACUCAUAAAGGAGUAAAUUCUGCAUUUGUUGGGGACUAUUUUCUUGGCCUUGGAUACAUAGACAAUACUUGUUAGUGGGCUUUGUUGGCAUUGUUAGUUUUGUUUUUUUCAUGGGAUUUAUUGACAAUAAGAAAAACAGACUAUUGUCAAACUUAUCCUUUAAAAUGGGCUGUGGACUGUGUUAUGUUCUUAAAAAUAAGCAUUGGACCGUUGCAUGAGAUUUCAAAAUUUCCUACUUUUUUUUUGCAUUGAAAGGGGACAAUUUGGCUGAAAACUCCAGCAUUCUGAAUCAUACUUACUGUGCACAUACAAAACAACACUCAUUGAUUACAUUACAGCAUAUAUUGAAAUAUACGGCAGGCAUUUCAUUUGUACUGCUAUCAUUUCACUGUCUCCUACGUGGGUGAUGAUACUCUGCUCUUUUACAAUCUUAUCUCUCCUCCAGUAGACCUGAAUAAUACUGUCAAAUGUGUUAUUACUUCGUAUGCUGUGGAUACACUUUGUAACAAUUACUGUUGGGUGUUGUUUUGUUGCCACCAAACAGAAUUCACACACAAAUAUAUCUGCAUAUAUACAAAAACACCACAUUUUCUUUACCUUUUGAAGAAUGUGCAUUACUCUUGUUUUAUAUCUUAUAUAUAAAUAUAAAUAAAGACGCAUUUUGUAAAUGGACCAGUAUAGCCUAUAUGUUAGUGACAAUGAAUUUACCUUAAGACUUUAUAGUGUCAUGUAUAUUGUAUUACUGCAUUAUAGUUGUUUUUGCUAUUUAAAUCUUGGUUUGGUAACAGAUAUUUGGAGGGUGUGUUUGGACCGGCCCACCAAACACACAGUUAAACAUUCGAUUGAGUGUAAAACAGUAAACACAGCAAUAAAGUGUCUAUAGAGCA